AUGGCAGAUUGGUCUAAGCUUCCGAAGAAUCUUCUACAACUGAUCUCAGGAAAACUCAACAAUGAACUAUAUUCCAUUCGAUUUCAAUCUGUUUGUUCAUCCUGUCGCUCUUCUUCAAUCCCUAGCUACCAUCACCACCAUUUAUCUUUGAAGCUUCCAAAUUCUCCAACGACACUAACUUCAAUCCCUAUAUUUGAGAGUGAGUGUGAGUUGUUGCUAGUUGAUUACUAUGCUGGUGAUGAUGUAUUAAUCAUGGAAAUAUUACUAUAUUCUUAUUUUAAAAUUGAAAACAUUACAUACUAA